AUGACAAAGGAUCCGAAGAAUGACAAGGGUCCAGUCAACACGCAGCAACCAGCUAAAGCCAAAUGUUCACCUGAUGGGCCGAAGCCUACACAGCUGGUGUUCUACCCAGCCCGCUGGAAGAGUUUCCUUGAGGACGCAAAAGAAGAGUGUCGUACCCAGCAUGCACUAGAGAACCCGUUCCCAGCUCAAGUUAAAGACUCGCCAGGCUCUGUCUCUGAGGCCCUUUUAGCUGUUCUUUACCAGUGGGAUAUAGCCGGUAAACAAUUUGAACCUGAUUAUUGGCCUAUUCACAAGCCCAAUAUGGCAAAACUCUUAUAUGAAGAUCUCUUGACUUGGCACUCUGAGCUCAAGAAGAAUGUCACUGCAAUUGCCUCAACCAUGCCUGGCCUCGUCCCCCCAUCAAAUAUCCCACCUCAAGAACGUGCUUCAUGGGUGGAAGGUGCGGCUACUGAGUUAAAGGCAGGCUCAAAGUUUCUACGCGACGGUACGGACGAACAGUUCGUUUGCAUUCUCAAUGGCCUCACAAAAAAUGGGAACAGAAAAUCAUCCCCAAAAUUCACUGCCAAGGAAUAUCGCCCAACCUACACAUCUGCACUAAAGUCGCUCCAAAACAUCAUGGAACAUCCUUAUCAUGGUCCCAAGUUGGUCGAGCAGCUCCAAUCGUGGGCUGAGGCUGGAUGGCAAGGAUAUGCUCUCGUUUCUAACAAGUCUAGCACGCUAACUGUAUUCAUUGAGACUGGAAACCCAGAGGAUUUUGUCUGGUAUCUCAAGACACAGAAGAAGAAGCCUCUGUGCAAGCCUGUAAAGUUGGGACCAAGCUGUGUGCCUUAUCCGUCAAUUGAUACACUCUCACUGUUUGUCACCUUUAUGGCGGCUCAUAUCAACCCUCGCUCUGUUGACAACUACCUCUCAGGAAUCUGCAGCAUCCUGGAGGAGUUUUACCCGGAAGUCCGUCAAAACAGGUGCUCUCGUCUUGUAUCUCGCACAUUGCAAGGAGCUAAACGUUGGUAUGGAGUACCUAUUCGGCGGAAACUCCCUCUAUCCCGUGCAGAUCUGGAGAGCACUCUUGCAACCAUUCCACAGCCACCUAGUCACGAUGAUCUUCUCUUCAUCGCUCAGCUCUUCGAUGGGUUUUAUGGCCUCUUGCAACUCGGUGAGCUCAUAUGGCCAGAUAACUCAUCCCUACAGUCUUUCAACAAAGUGACACUGCACACUUCCAUGGUGCUUGCCGACUCUCAUCAUUCCUUUGUCCUUCGACAACACAAAUCCAACGUCCAAUUCAAAGGUAGCACCAUCAUCAUCCAGCGCACUGAGUCUGCUGAUCCUCAUCGUGCUUUCCUAUCCUACAUCACAUCUCACAAUAAACUGUUUCCUUUCAACAGCUUUCUCUGGCUGCGCAGUGACGGAUCUAUUCCUACACGUGCGUGA